AUGGAUCGGUCCAAGGAGUGGUGGCAGAAGGCGGUGGUGGUGCCGGUGAGGCGCGCGUGGGUCGUCGUCGCCGCGCGCCUGCGUCGCAAGAAACAGCAUGAUGGCCGGGGCGGCGCGCUGGUGAAGCUCCACGACGACGUGCAGACGUGCGCGUACGAGGACGUGCAGGUCAUGUGGGAGAUGCUGCAGCGCUCCGAGACGGGGAAGAUGAUGGCCGGGGCGCCGCCGCCCAAGGGCUCCGCGCUCGUCUGGCUCGGCCCCCGCCGCCGCCACCACUCCAUCGACCUCCGCCCCCGGUGCUGA